CCACAUGCUAGACCUGUGAAGAUGUGAGCGAUCUCAGGGAAAAUCUCCCGUGCAGUUGAAGUCCGGGACCAGAGAUGAACACUUUGAUACCGUCCUUUUUGAAUGUGGAGCUGCUGCUCUUUGUAGUGGCAUCUGCAAAGUUAUUCACUGAACCCCAGGAGGGCAGCCUUGCUGGAGGAACAUGGAUCACCCUGACAUUGGAUGGUCUGACAUCUCCCCAGUUACAGUCCAUGUACUCCACCAAUGGGUCUUUGCUGGAAGUGUCCCUAGUGAAUCCCAUUCUGCCUCCAGUACGGUGUGAUGUCCAUCCUGUAUAUUUCGAUGUAUCUAUCAUCAGAUGCAAAACGAGGUCCUCGCAGCAGGAGGGGCUGUACCAGCUGGAGGUGAUUGCCAAUGGGCAGGUGAUAAGCAACCUGGGUGGGAUGCCUUGUGACAACUGCACUUUCAAGUUUUCUAUUGCACAGACACCUGUGGUUUACCAAAUUAAUCCACCAUCUGGAGUCCCAGGAAACGUAAUACAAGUCUGUGGGCAGAUCAUUGCUGGAAGAUACGAAACCAUUGACUUUAAUGUUGACUAUAUUGAUGGCCCUGUUAUCCUCGAGGCGGAAGGAGAUGGAUGGAUCAGCCUCUGUUCUUUUGCCAACAAGCAAACGAGAAGCAUCUAUCCCAUUCAGAUGGAUCAUGGAACAGGGACCUUACAGUGCCGUGUAGAAGGCAGCUAUAUCGGUUCACAGAACAUUAGCUUUUCAGUGUUUAACAAAGGAAAGUCGAUGGUACACAAGGAUGCUUGGCUCAUCAGUGCCAAACAGGAGCUUUUCUUGUAUCAGACAUUCUCAGAGAUAGCAUCUGUGUUUCCAGUCUCGGGAAGCCUAGGAGGAGGAAGUGACCUCACGAUCACAGGAGACUUCUUUGACCAGCCCGUGCAGGUCACAGUUGCAGGUGUUCCCUGUGAAAUCAAGCACUGUUCUCCCCGGAAGAUUAGCUGCACUACUGGACCCAUUGAUGAAACCAGAAGACUUGUUGCACCCCAAGCAGGAAACAGAGGGCUUCUCUUUGAAGUCUGGGAUGAUGCAGCAGGCAUUGAUCUAACUGAAACAGCCCCUGGAUAUAGAUGGCAGAUUGUUCCUAAUGCCAGCUCUCCAGAAAGAUUUCUCUCUCAGGCACAGCAGUCAUUCAGCUCACGACUACGUGGAUUCUUUGUGGCACCACAGACAAAUAAUUACACCUUCUGGAUUCAGGCAGAUGGCAGGGCUUCCUUGCACCUAAGCCUGUCAGAAGACCCAGGAAAAAAGGUGAAAGUUGCCUUUAUUCCUGCUGGUGCUUCUGAAUGGUCUGAGCACUGGGAGAAGAACUGGAGCGAGAGUUGGCAGCCAAAAUCCCAGAAAUUUGAGCUGAUGCGUGGCUCAAAGUACUACCUGGAAGCGCUGCAUCAUGGGAAGGCACCAAGCAGUGGGAUGCGAGUUGGGGUUCAGCUGCACAACACCUGGCUAAACCCUGAUGUGGUGAAUACCUAUCGCAGAGAGAGGCACGAAAUCCGGGCCAGUGCCCACCGGCUUCCGGAGAUACAGAUGCUAACUUUAUCCGGCACAGGAUGGUUCCGUAUUUCCUGGGACAAUGUAUCCAGCAACAUGAUGGCAACAAAUGCUACAGCUGAUCAGGUCCAAACAGUGAUCGAGGAGCUUCUUUCAGUAAAAUGUGAAACUGAGCCACUGUCUGCUAAAUUCCUUCUCCGGAAUGGAUUUGAGGAAGGCCAGAGAGACUCUGCCACUGAGGGACAUGUUGCCAGCUGGACAGAACCCUUUUGUGGAAGGUUCAGUAUUCACAGGCCAAAACAUCUUGUAAAAAUGUCUCCAUCUACUUUACCAAGAUACAACCUCACUGAGUACACACAUGUGUGCUUUGCCUAUAAAGGUUACAUGAGCGAUACCCUUUAUGUUUCGGUGUCCUAUAUCAACACCUUUCUAAAUACAGUGAAGAAGAACCUUACUUGCCUGUGGAGUCUGAAUGAGACCAGCCCAGAAAGCUGGAAGUUCACGUGUGCUGAUCUCUGGAGGGGCUGUGUGAAUGGCUCUGAAUCCCUCCGGGACCUUGAAGCCAACUCACCGGUGUUUGUGCAUCAGAUCGACAUGCUGAUCCCUGAGAGAGAGGAGGAGACAUCUAGCUGGUUUUACCUUGAUGAAAUUAUCGUCUCAGAUAGAAACGUAGCUGUUUUUCAAAGGGAUCCCAGACCAGCUCGUCCGGGUGGAAAUGUUAUCCAAGAAGUGUCUGUGGUGGGGUCUCCCUCAACCUACAACGUGUCCUUUCUGGUGGCUGGCUGUGGCAGCAAUCUCCCUCUUCUGUCACCGAGGGGAGCUUUGCCCUCGGAGGGCUCAGAAGAGGAUCACCUGACUGUGUCCACGGAAGGUGCAAAUGUCAGUCUGACAGUUCAGAGACUGCAAGCUGCAUCCCCACCCAUUGGCGGGACUUUCCGGAUCCUGCUUCCCAAUACAGUGAUAUCAGGUGUCCCGGUGCACGUCUCUUCCCAUCACCUCCGUGAGCUCCUGCAAAGCAACUCAGAUAACUCCACAGGCCAGUACCUCAACGCCAGUGAUUUCACUGUGACCAAGGACGUGAGCACUUGUUACCAAAAUGUAUGGACACUGACCUGGAACUCCAUGACUGGUGACUUGCCCAUUGUUAUUGAUGUCUCUGCUGAAAACCUCACAGGACUUAACCCAACCAUUGCAGCUCGUGUGGUUUAUGAUGGCGGCGUAUUUAUUGGACCAAUAUUUGGGGACAUGCUAGCUACCGCCAAUAACCACACGCAGAGGCACCUUCCCCUCCAGUUCUGCGGCCGAUGGUCUAAGAACUCCAGCUGGCUUGAUGGGCACCUGCCACAAGAUGGCGCUAAUGUCACGGUAGAAAGAGGCCAGACGCUGCUGCUGGAUACUACCACUGGCAUCCUCAACUUGCUGCAUGUCAAAGGUGGCAAGCUCUUGUUGGCUGGCCCUGGACCCAUAGAAAUCCAUGCUCAUUAUAUUCUGGUAUCCGAUGGCGGCAAAUUCCAGGUGGGGUCCCCAGAUAAACCUCUCCGUGACAAAGCACACAUCCAUCUCUACGGAAGCUUUCAUUCUGCAACCUUCUUUCCAUAUGGGGCCAAAUUCCUGGCUGUGAGGAACGGGACCGUUUCCAUGCAUGGUUGGGUGCCAGAAGUGGUGUUCACACACCUGAAGUCAGCAGCUUGCGUUAAUGACUCUAGGAUAUUCCUAGAGGAGCCUGUCGACUGGCAGCCUGGGGAUGAAGUUAUUGUGAGUGGAACCGGUCCUGGAGAUACGUAUCGGCAAGAGGAAAUUGUCACAAUUGAGGCAGUGAACAACACUGAACUCUACCUUAGAUCACCUCUCAGGUACCCUCACAGCUCUGGAGAAGAGUGGGUGCAUGGGCAGCGCUUUGCUCUGAAAGCUGUUGUGGCAUUGCUUAGCAGGAGAAUUGUUGUCCGAGGAAACCUCACCAGAGAGAGGAUGUCCCACCUAAGAGAGUGUGCCGAAGCAGGUGUUUCAGGAGAUGCCUCGGCAUGUCUGUACAAGAGGAGCGAGAGGAUGCUAGGAUCCCGGGAUAUGGGGGCCGUUGUUAUUGUGCAGGCUUUCCAGGGUGAGGACAGUCACAUCCAUUUGGAAGGUGUUCAAUUCCAGCACGUGGGCCAAGCAUUCCAGCAGCAACUGAGCGCACUGACCAUUGCCGGGGAUGCCCGUAUGACUGAUUCUUACAUUUGCAGUUGCUCUGUGUGGGAUUCCUUUGGUCGGGGACUCAGUCUGUCAAGGACCUCAGAGCUAAGAGUGGACAAUAAUGUUUUCUAUAACAUUUUAGGUCAUGGGAUUCUACUGGGAGGGUGGCUGGAACAGGGGAAUAGAGUCAGACACAACACAGUGAUUGGACUUUCUGGAACUGAUGGACUUUCCAACAUAGAAACGUUAUCACCAGCAGGGAUCUACAUCAGGGCUCCUGCUAACCAGAUAGAGGCUAAUACAGUGUGUGCCGCUGGUUAUGGCUAUUUCUUUCAUCUCUCGCCUGAGGGACCAUCACAAACUCCUCUUCUCGCCUUCAGUAAGAACACAGCCCAUUCCUGCACAAGGUACGGUCUCCUGGUGUAUCCAGAAUACCAGCCCAAACGUGCAGAUGGCCUGGGCCCAGUUCUGUUCCAGAGCUUCACAGCCUGGAGAAAUCAAGGCGGUGCUCAGAUUUUUAGUAGCCGCAACCUGGAACUCCGAAAUUUCCAGAUCUAUGCUUGCAAAGAUUUUGGAAUUGACAUCGUAGAAAGCCUUGGAAACACCACUGUUGCUAACAGCUUAUUACUUGGACACCUUGGUCAAAAGGACAGUAGCUGUAUGUCAGCAGGGCUGAAAACGCCCCAAAGGCACGAACUGUUGGUUUCCAAUACAUCUUUCAUGAACUUCGAUAUUAGCACCUGCACUGCAAUCAGCACCUGUUCUGGCUGUUACCAAGGCCAGGGUGGAUUUACAGUGAGAGCUGAACAGUUGGCAUUCCUGAAUUCACCCAACCAGGCAUCAUUCCCGUUUCCCCAUUCGGCCAUCCUCGGAGAUCUGGAUGGGUCCCUCACAGGACAGGAGGGAAGUCACCUUCUUGCUUCUAUGGACACACUUGCAGCUUCCUGCGUGGCCAGUGCUAACUUCAGUCACGCUGCUAGGGGGAGUGUUUGUGGAAGGAACGUUAUUUUUCACCGUAUGUCUAUUGGUUUAAAAGAGGCUCCAGACUUUCCUUAUAAUUUAACCGUGACGGAUAGUAAUAAUAAGACAACCAUAGUCCCUUACGUCUCUGAUACUUUAUCAAACCCCUAUGGUUGGAUGGCUCUGCUCUUGGACCAGGAGACUUACACUCUGACUUUUGGUAACCCUUUUGUCAGCAAACAACUGCAGUACUCGGCUACGUUCGAUAACUUCAUUGCUGGGAAUUACUUACUGGUGGAACAUGAGAACCUCCCAUCUUAUGUUGAGGUCAUGGUGUUCUGUGGGACAAGGCCUGGUCAGCUACUCCAGUCACUUCCUUCACAUGAUCAGAACAAGGGCUGUGACUGGUUUUUCAACAGCAAAUUGAGGAAGCUAACCUAUUUAGUUACAGGUGAAGACCUAGUCCAAGUAACACUCAAAGGAGAAGAAAGAAUCCCUCUACCUGCACCAGCUCCAGUUUCUCCUCCUGACAUCAUUUUGAAAUGGUCAUUCCCUGAAUCAUGGAGUGGAGUGAAAAAAGGCUGGGGUGGAUACAACCACAGCAUUCCCGCCCCUGGUGAGGAUGUCAUCAUCUUGCCUAACAGGACCAUCCUGGUGGAUACAACUCUUCCUCCUCUGAGAGGUCUCUAUAUACUGGGGACUCUGGAAUUCCCAGUCAACUCCAGCAAUGUCCUUAGUGCCACCUGUAUAGUGGUUGCAGGUGGUGAAUUGAAAGUGGGUACUUUUCAGCAUCCCCUAGAAAGAGGAAUGAAGCUAUUGAUCCUUCUUCGGGCAUCUGAGGGAGUUUAUUGUGAUCGUUUGGAUGGAAUCAGUGUCCACCCAGGAACUGUUGGGGUUUAUGGGAAGGUGCAGAUUCAUAGCGCUUACCCUAGGAAAUCCUGGACACAUCUUGGAAGUGACAUUGCACCUGGCAAUGAAAGGAUUUGGGUCGAGGAUGAAGUGGACUGGAGUCCUGGUGGAAACAUUGUCAUCAGUUCCUCCUCCUAUGACGCUCACCAAGCUGAGGUGGUCACACUUAAAGAAAUAAAUGGUCACAGCAUUAGAUUCCAGGAACGUCUCCUCCACAGGCAUAUUGGGCGUUCCCAUAGCAUAGAAGAUGGCAGACGUGUUCCGUUGGCUGCUGAGGUUGGGCUCCUAACACGCAACAUACAGAUUAAGUCAGACAUGGCUUGCUCUGGGAGGCUUCUGGUGGGACGCUUCAGAAAUACCAGUGGAACGGAAUUUGCAGGUGACCUUCGGCUCUCAAACAUUGAAAUUCUGAACUUUGGACCAUCACAGCUUCCUGCCAUUGGCUUCAGUAACAUAGCUUUGGGAUCCUCAAUUAUCUCUUCCAGCAUUCACCAUAGCUGUGGGGGUGGCAUUCAAGCAGUGACAAGCAGUGGAAUCUCAUUGCGUGACAACGUGGUGUUCAACACGGUUGGUCCUGGCAUUGACUUGGAAGGCCAAACCCAUUCUCUCAUCAGGAACCUUAUCAUUCUCAGCAAGCAGCCAGAGGGGUUACCAAACUGGGUUGCUGGCAUCAAAGUGAACAAAAUAGAUGGCUCUUACCUGCUUGGCAAUGUCGUGGCAGGUUCGGAGCGUAUAGCCUUCCACAUCAGAGGUCAAGAAUGCUUCCUAGCUGGAGAGUAUUGUGCUGAAAAUGUGGCCCAUUCAAGCCUUCAUGGUGUUCAUUUAUACAGAGGAGAUGGGUUUCAAAACUGCACCAAAAUCACUGGUUUUCUGUCCUACAAGAAUUACGACUAUGGAGUCAUGUUCCAGCUUGAAAGCAGUGUAGUGAUGGACAAUAUGAUGCUAGUAGACAAUGCUGUGGGUGUUCUGCCAGUGGUGUACAGCCCAUCUGCUAAGCAGUAUCGUUUGGGGAAAAAAUACAUAGAAUUUAGAAACUCUGUCAUUAUUGCAACAAGCUCAACUUUUGACUGCAUUAAAGACAGGAUCAUGCCCCUUUCAGCUAACUUGACUUCCAGGGAUCGAGCUCCAUAUUAUCCUCAGAGAGGUCGCAUUGGGAUUCUGUGGCCUUCAUUUGCCUCUGAACCAAGCCAGUGGCCUGAUAAUCCAUGGCACAAAAUAAGAAAUUAUGCAGCAGUAUCAGGAAUCAUGAAGCUACAAGAAGUCACCUUUACUGGUUUUACGAAGAGUUGCUAUAGUGACGACAGAGAUGUCUGCAUUAUGUCAAAUCCUGACAGCGUGGGCAUCAUGUACCCAAUCACAGCAGAGAUGACAAGGAUGUUACAUGUCCAUGAGCAGAAUAAGUUCUACUUUCAUACACUGGAAACAAGUAUCAAUGGAUCCAAGGACUUUGAAUAUCUUGAGAUGAGAUGUGAAGGCUCAAGAAAGGCUCUCUUCAAGGAUCUGGAUGGAAGUGCCCUGGGCCUACAGCCACCUGUGUCAGUUUUCCCAAAGUCUAAGUUUGAAUGGACAGAGUCCUGUUUGCACGCUGGCAUUUACAGAGAAGACACAAAGUGCAUCUACAAGCCCUCUACGCAAGGCUACUUCUGCAAAGACACAGACCAUGCACUCGUGAUCCUAGAAAGCUUGGACACUGAAGCAGACGGAAGGACGUCAUCUCCAGUGGUAUCGGUGACUGGCAGUUUUGUGGAGGCUUUCAGUAGUGGAGUUUCACGUGUAUCUUGCUGUCCUUCAGAACAUCCACCAGCUUUCUAUUCGGUCUUGCCAUCCAACAAGCUGACUAAGGUUUGCUUCACUGGUCUAACGCCUCCGAGCUUAAGACUCCGCCUCAUCAGUGGUCAAAAUUCUACCAGACUUCUCAUAGCCAUCUUCUACGAUGAACCCCGUAGCCUUCACGUUUUUAUGAACGGGAAUUACAUUCCACUAGCCUCAUCUUCUUCCAGCGCUUUCUUAACUAAUGCCAUGGCAGGCGCCCACUCCUUCAGCUUUGAGAACAACCUUCUCUACAUCCUCCUUCAUGGCGAUGACCCCAUAGAAAUAUACACCAGCUUUUCCCUUCACGCUGCUUUUACCAUUGCUGAGACCAUUGGAGAGGAGGGUCAGAGAAGGGUGGUCCAUCGCCUGGCUGAUUUCUUGCAGAUUGGACGGGACUAUGUCAGAAUAGUUCAGAGUGCGUCAGGGAGCGAGAGCACGUUAAAGGUUAUCUCAGACAAUGUUGGCAAGAGGACGCGUGAGUGCCCUCCCAUGACACCUUGUACAGCCUUUUCUAGCAGGGCUGGCUGGGAGAAAACUCGGACAGGAGCAGCAAGCGUUUGGGUUCUGCAGUCAUCUCAUGCGGCUACCCCAUUGAGAGUGCUGAUCAUUGAAAUUGGAGAGCCACCAGGCCUUUUCAGAAAUAAGCUUGUUCCCUCCUUGUUGAGCGACAGGUUGAAGAGCUUGGCCAGCACUGUUAUCAACGCUCAGCAGACUGGGGAUCUUCAGCGAGUCCUGGAGUUACCAAUUGAUACUUUAAUGGUGACACAGUCUGCUUUGUCAUCGCCACUAGGGGGCAGUGCCGGAAAUGGAAGCAGUCUAACUCCUGGAGGCUGCCUGUAUGUGAGGCCCUAUAAUAUCUCUGUCCUGGUACAGCCCUCUGAUGGAGAAAUGGAGAAAGAGCUUCCUGAACAGCCACAAAUUAUUUUUUUGGAUAAGCAGGGUCGGAGAGUUGAGGCAUUAGGUCUGCCCUCAGAGCCAUGGGUCAUGACAGCCUGUCUCAAGGGCUCUUCGGAGGCUGUGUUGAAAGGGCACACCAGAGUAGAGGUUCGAGAUGGACGGGCUAGCUUUACGAACCUGGCAAUCUCCAAUUCAGGCUCAAACUGGUACCUCAUUUUCACUGUUAUUUCACCUCCAGGUGCUGACUUCACUGUUGAGUCCCAGCCAUUUACCAUCUUCCCUAUCCCCAAGGGAGAGAAAUCCAUCACGGUCCUUGCUGCUGUGCUGGGCUCAGUGGCUUCAGUGCUAGUUAUGGGUCUUCUUGUAUUCUGCUGGUCCAAGAAAAGCAAAAGUUUCAAAACAAAGAUUGAACAGGCUAAUGUACCACAAGCAAAGAGCAAUAUGAAAUCCUCCCAGAUCCCGCCACAGCAGCGUUCAACUCGUGCCAAUCUGCACCAUGCCCGGGAAGAGAAAAAAAGAGACAUUGCUGGGAUAGAAGGAGAUACGGAAGCAAAUGGAGUACCAGGAAACACAGCGAGACAGAUAAAGGAGUUGCACCAAGAGACGGUUAAAGCCAUGUCAAUGCGGAAGAUAAGUACUGUUGAACAUAAAAGGAAGAGUAGAGAGAACUUAUCCAUGACUAGGAAACAUGACAGCAGCCGUCCAUUACAUGGAAGAACAGCUCUGUGGGGUUCUCUGGAACUUCAGCAGCAUGGCGCCAAGGAGUUCUGUGACUGGAAGGAUACCCAUCAGCAGCUGUUUGCUUGCACCCGCGGAAAAGAGAUGGGAGGAGGGGAACCUGUGCCCCAGAAUGUGAACAGAGAGAGGCAGGAGACUGCUGUGGGAUCUUGAGGAGCUGUGUAAGGGAAAGGAUGAGCUGUGGCACCAUCAACAUGAAACAUUUUCGGGGAGGGAAUCCAUUGGAACAUGGGAACUUGAGAUGCUUCUUCCACUAGUGUGGUCAGAAAAAGCAUGUUAGCACUUGCAAACAUUUUAGGACAGUUAACAGUGAAGACAUGUUCUUAGUGGUUAAAGCAGUACAUCUUAUCUGUCUAUCGUUUGUUAUCCUGCUCUCCUUAGUCCCUGAUUUAGCAAAGUACUUAAAUCCAUCCCUAUUCAGAAAAGCAGGUGCAUAUGUACCACUUCAUUGUGGCUUAAGCAUAUGCUUCAGUACUUUCCUGAAUAGAGAUGGAUUUAAGCAAUGGCUUAAAACUCAGAAGCUGCUCUGCUGAAUUGGGGGCUUACCCUGUGAACCCCUCAGGACAGCAGCCUUCCCUUCUUGAAUGUUUGGAAAUGCCUCGCACAUCAUGGCCACUGCCAUUAUUGUUAAUAAUAAUAAUGAACUGGGAGGCUGGUCUGAUUCAUAGAUUCU